AUGGCAAAACCCAAACGGUGGAAUUAUGAUCUGGAGGCAUAUAACCUUGAUUGGUUAAUUCAUCUUCCAUCCUUAACAUACUUGGCCCUAAGCAGCGUUAACCUCAGCCAGGUAGUCAAUUGGCCCAAUAAGGUUAUGAUGCUCCCUUCUUUAACACACUUGCGUCUAAGUGAUUGUAGUCUGAUCUCCACAAUGACUCCUCAAUUUCUUUCCAUCAAUGCUAAUUCCUCAUCCCAACUUCAAUUUCUAGAUCUUUCAUACAAUCAUGAUUUGACGGAGACACAUAAUCUUGAUUGGUUAACUCAUUUAUCAUCUUUACAAUACUUGGACCUAAGCGGUGUUAACCUCAGCCAGGUACUCAAUUGGCCCAAUAAGGUUAUGAUGCUGCAUUCUUUGAUAUACUUGAGUCUAAGUCAUUGCAGUUUGAUCUCCACAACGACUCCUCAGUUUCUUUCCAUCAAUGCUAAUUCCUCAUCACAACUUCUAUUUCUAGAUCUUUCUUACAAUUAUGAACUGACGGAGGCACAUAAUCUUGAUUGGUUAACUCAUUUUUCAUCCUUAACACACUUGGACUUAAGCGGGGUUGACCUCAGCCAGGUACUCAAUUGGCCCAAUAAGGUUACAAUGCUCCCUUCUUUGAUACACUUGAGUCUUAGAUAUUGCAGUCUCUCCACAACGACCCCUCAAUUUCUUUCCAUCAAUGCUAAUUCAUCAUCACAACUUCUAUUUCUACAUCUUUAUUACAAUGAUCUCACCUGCUCAAUAUUUCAUUGGUUGUUCAACACCACUACAAGACUUGUUGAUCUGGACCUUAGUGAUAACAGGUUACAAUGCUCCAUUCCGGAUGCUUUUGGUAGCCUAAAUUCUCUUCGAACACUAAAUCUUGCUGAAAAUCAACUUGUUGGUGGCAUUCCAAAAUCUUUUUGGAAUUUAUGCACCUUAGAGUCAUUGACUCUUUCGAUUAACAGUCUCAAUGGAAGUCUUUAUGAAUUUAUGAGUAAUGCAUCAGCUUGCUGGGUGGACUCCUUGCAGAAUUUUGAAAUAUGGCACAAUAGAUUCACAGGACCAUUGCCUGAGAGUAUUGGAAACUUAUCCAAUCUUGAGAUCUUGAAUGUUAAUGAGAAUUCUCUCACCGGGGUGAUCACUGAAGCCCAUUUUUCAAAUCUCAUCAAAUUGAAAACGUUACAUUUAAGGUCAAAUUCUUUGAUUUUGAGAUUUCGCUACGAUUGGGUUCCUCCAUUCCAACUGGAUUUUAUUGAUUUGAGCUCUUGCAAAUUGGGAUCAGCUUUCCCAAAGUGGCUUCAAAGUCAAAAGAAUUAUGAACUGCUUGAUAUUUCUUAUGCUGGAAUUUCUGACAUUAUCCCUGCUUGGUUUUGGGACUUCCCUCCCAUAUUUAAGCGUCAACCGUUUUUACGGUUCUAUACCACAUUUUCCAUUGAAUGUGUCAUCACUAGACCUAUCAAAUAA